AUGACGGAAGGGGGUACACAGGGUGUGGAUAACAAUAUGUGUGCUUGCGCCAUGUGUAAGCUUUUGGCCUAUUCUGCUGGAGUUUAUGGUAAUCAACGGAGGGCGUCUAAACACGUCAUGAUUGCUCGCCCGUCACCAUACCAUGAGGCAACAGGAGGUCUUCCACCACCGUUAUCACCUGUAACUUCAACAGCAUUUUUAGGUGAGUUGCAUGUUUGUCCUGUAUACGAAGAAUAUGGAUUUUGUCCUUUUGGUCGUAUUUGUUUUUUACCACAUAUUGAUCGAAAAAAACCUCUGGUAGAAUCUACAAAUAAUGCACAAAAGGAGCUUGAACGACUUAUUGAAAAAUCACGUUUGGAAGAAGAAAAGGAAAUAUGGAGUUGUUCAGUAUGUGGAUUUGAUGGAAUACAAGAGAGUAGUCAAAGUAAGGUUGGUGAAUUAUAUUACUACCGUCAUUGUCCUCGUUGCUCCCUUAUGUGUUAUUAUCCUCAUAUUACGUACUUAAUUGAAGCAGUUUUUGUGGCUGCUGGAGAUGAUUAUCAGGUGUUUAAAAAUCUAAUUGAUAAGUACCGUGAUAUCUUACCAGAUAUUUUAAAAGUACCAUUAACGUAUGAAGCACACCGUGUGGCAUCAUCCGUCUUUGCAUGGAGCUUAGUUUCACCUAAACAUGUUAAAGAUGCACUAGAUGCAGCUUAUAAGGCAUUACCAGAAAUGAGUUGUCUUGUUAGUAUUGGUAGUGGUGGAGGUUACAUUGAACACGUAUUUAAUCGUGUGGCAAAUGGUGUGCCAGCGGUUCCAAACGGUCCAGAUACAUCAUUGGGUCCUUCUUCUUUUGAUAAUGUACAUGCUUCAUUUUACCCAGGCAAAAAACUUCCAAUUUAUGCUUUUGACGAAGUUGCACUGAAUUGUCCAUACAGUGUUGCUGUUUCCCUUGGUGGUCCAGCAUCUCUUCUUUCUCUUCAUUGCCCCAGUGCCGUUCUCCUCCUCUGUUGGCCUCCAUUUGGUUCACCACAAGAAGAGCAAAGUUCAAUGGGAUUUGAAGCUUUAGAAUACUUUACACAAGCAGGAGGUAGAAUUCUUAUUUACAUUGGUGAUGUGGCUUCAACGGGUGAUUGGAGAUUUCAUGAAUAUCUCUAUACACAUUAUAAGUUGGUGAAGGGUUAUCCUGUUCGUCGUGAAGUGCGUAGGUGGUGUCCACAAGAGAUGGGCCUCAUUUAUGCUGGAAAUGAUACAAUUGGUGUAUACGAAUUGAGAAAGGAACCCUUAUCUUCUCCGGGAUGGCAGUGGUGUGGCGUCUCCGUUUGA